AUGUCAGCCAGCGAAAACUCCAGCACUAAGAAAGAAAAGCUUGUAGUGGCUGUCAGUGAAGUCGGAACUUCCGACGAUCUCGAACUAAACUCAUCAAUUGUCUCAAAUGCUCAAGAUAUCGCUGCGAAAUAUGGAAAUAUCUUACAAGGUGGAUACACAAAGCAAGAAGCCAGAAAGAUCUUGUGGAAAUGUGAUAUGUUCCUCAUCCCAUUUCUUUGGCUCAAUGUGACGUUUGGUGCCAUGGACAAGGUUUCUACCGGUACCGCUUCUAUCUACGGAAUGCAAACAGAUCUAGGACUCGUGGGAAACCAGUAUAGUUGGAUUGGUUCGGCCUUUUACUUCGGAUACUUAUUCUGGUGCUUUCCAAGUGGAAUGAUCCUUCAGAAGUUGCCAGUUGCCAAAGUCUCGGGAGCAUGCUUUUUUGUGUGGGGUAUUAUCAUCAUCGGAUCAGGUUUUGCCAAAAACUUCGAGACGAUGGUGGCAUGUAGAGUUCUUCUUGGGAUUGCCGAAGCCCCUAUUGUGCCCCUUAACCUUAUAAUCAUGAGUACUUGGUACAAGAAGGGCCCUGAACAGUCGAUUCGGUUGGGACUUUUCUACACUGGCUUUUCCACCAUUUUCACCGGUACUAUUGGAUAUGCGGUUGGAGGAUAUACUAAUGUUGCUUACUCCCCCUGGAGAUACUUCAUGUGGAUCAUUGGGGCCUUGUCAUCGGUUUAUGGGAUUUUGGAGUUCUUUUUAUUGCCCGACUCGCCAGUGAACUGUCGAUAUUUGAACGAAAGAGAAAAGGCUAUUGUAAUCGACAGGGUCAGAAAGAACCAGACGGGUGUCAAGAACACCAAGUUCAAGAAAGACCAGUUUUUCCAGACGUUAAAGGACCCCAAGGUGUGGGUUAUGGUGGCUAUUCAGUUAUUCAUUUCGAUCCCCAACGGAGGUCUCACCAACUUCAGUCCUUUGAUUGUCAACGGAUUGGGAUGGAGUUCACGGGAUAGUACUUUGUUGACAAUGCCCACUGGGAUUAUGCAGACGGUUUCUGUGUACAUGGCUAGUGGUUCUUUGGCACUUUUGGAGAAGUUCUGGCCUAAAAAACACUUUAGAGGAGCGGUUCUUUGCUUCUACUUGAUUCCAGCGUUUGUGGGUACUGGCUGCUUAUACAAACUUCCUUUGACAUGGUACACUAGCAGACUCGUGUCGCUUUACUUUGGAUUUUUCUACUUGGGAUCGUACAUUAUUUCGUUGAAUUUAAUUGCUGCAAAUCAUGCUGGGUUCACAAGAAAAGUGACGGCCAAUUCCAUAUACUUUUUGACCUACGCCGUCAGUAACUUAAUAGCUCCGCAGUUCUUCUUGACUAGACAGGCCCCAACCUACAGUUUGGGUGUGGGGGCCAUUUUUGGUGCCUAUGCUCUUACUAUUUGUGCUGUGUGUGUAUAUAUGUUUUUGUGUUGGAGGGAAAACAAAAGGAGAAAUACGCUUUACGGAGAAGCAGAAAUUGAGAAUAGAGACACCGAUUUCCUGGACUUGACUGAUAUUGAUAAUAUGAACUUCCGUUACAAGUGGUGA